AUGGUGGUUCUCAAUCCUAAUAACUGGCACUGGGUCGAGAAAAACACUCUGCCUUGGACGGAAGAAUACAUGCAACUGUUGUGUACAUCUGUGGAUGUGACAGGUCAAAGUGGUCCUCACAAGGUGGUUAUCGAGAAACUUGAGUCGGUCUCCGGAGAUUCUCACGUUUCGCAGCGGAAGGGCAAAGUCAUUUGCUAUUUUGAUUUGAACUUAAAGUUCGCUGCGCAGGUUUUGGAAAACGAGUCCGGAAAUUUGAUUUGUGAAGGCAAAAUCGUGGUUCCAGAGCUAUUACACGACGAGUCUGAUUUCGAGAUUCGCCCAGAAGGUUUUGGAGACCACUAUGCAUUGGUUAACAAGCAACUAGUGCCUAGCUUGCGCACGGCGCUGUGCGAGUACCAGACUGCCCUCAUUGCUCAACACUCUAAGGACGUACAACAGGAACAAAUGGACGAGUGA